GUUCCUCUUUUUCCUUCCACAGUUCUGCUGAGUGAAUGGGUGGAUGACGGCGAUGUGAGCGGGAAGACCCUAAAGAUCACCGAUUUUGGGCUGGCCCGGGAAUGGCACAAAACUACCAAAAUGAGCGCGGCUGGGACUUACGCCUGGAUGGCACCGGAGGUCAUCAAAAACUCCACUUUUUCCCGGGGUAGCGACAUUUGGAGUUACGGGGUGCUGCUUUGGGAGCUGCUGACUGGCGAAGUUCCAUACCGGGGAAUUGAUGGCCUGGCGGUGGCGUACGGGGUGGCCGUGAACAAGCUGACCCUUCCGAUACCGUCCACGUGCCCGGAACCCUUUGCGCGUUUGAUGACGGAGUGCUGGCAACAGGACCCGCACGCGCGCCCCAGCUUUGCCUCCAUCCUGGCCCAGCUGACGGUUCUAGAAACUCAGGUGCUGUACGACCUGCCACAGGAAUCCUUCCACUCCAUGCAGGACGACUGGAAAGUAGAGAUUCAGGACAUGUUUGAUGAGCUGCGUGCCAAAGAGAAGGAGCUGCUGAGCCGCGAGGAAGAGCUGAAGCAGGCGGCGCUGAAACAGAAGUCCCAGGAGGAGUUCCUGCGCCAGCGGGAGCACGAGCUGGCCCAGUGGGAGCUGGAGGUCUUCGAGCGCGAACUCAGCCUCCUGAUCCAGCAGAUGAACCGCGACCGGCCCCACGUGAAGAAGCGGAAGGGGACCUUCAAGAGGAACAAGCUCAAAGGCCGGGACGGCGAGCGCAUCAGCAUGCCGCUCGAUUUCAAGCACCGUAUCACAGUUCAGGCGUCCCCGGGGUUGGACAAAAGGAAGGAUAUCUUUGACGCGGGAGCUGGUGGCUCUCCAACGUUCCCGCGAUUCCGAGCUAUCCAGUUGGAACCGAGUGAGAACGAUCCGAGCUGGAACCGCCAGCCGCCCCGCCGGGGAGAUGAGUCCUGGAACGGCCACACCAAGACCCCUGGCUCCCCUAAAAUGUGGGAGAGCAGUAUACAGAAUGGCAGGAGAAGAUCGCGGCCAGAAGAGACCACGUGGUACAUAGAACCGGGCGGGUCCCCUGUUCUUUCGCAGCCCCCUCCCCAGUCCAGCCAGAACGGCAACGUUUCCGUCGACUCUGCAGAAUCCGAGGAUCCAACGCCGGGAAGGCCGAGCGGCCCCCGAUUCAUCCAGCGGGCCCUGCUCAGGGGCUCUGCCUUGCUCGCCUCCCUCGGCUUGGGCCGAGAGUUGCCAACCCCCUCUCAGGAGGGGGCCAUGGAGGGGCCAGCUAGCAGGAAGCCGUCCCCCAGAAGAGACCCCACCCCUGCCCUGGAAGUGGAGCCGUGCAAGGGUGAUGCUGCCACGGAUCUCCUGAUUGACCUAGCCUCGGCGGGUGACAGGACCGCCUUGCCACCCCUCUGGAUACAGGAAUCACCCAGAGUCCCGCGGCUCGGGGAAAGCCGGGGCACAAAAACCCAGAAAUGGGAUGGCGCUUUCCCAUCUCCCUCCUCCCCUCGAAGCCCCCGGUCCCCUCGCCC